AUGAAUGAAUAUAUAGUAGCCUUGAAGGUGUUAUCUAUUGAGCAACUAAUUAAUGAAAAUGCUGAAAAACAACUGUAUCGCGAAGUAGAAAUUCAGAUGAAUCUAAGACAUCCAAAUAUUCAUCGACUUCUUGGGUAUUUUCAAGAUGAUAAAUAUUUUGUUCUUAUCCUUGAAUAUUAUAUUGCACAAACAGCUAAAGCUUUAAGUUAUAUUCACCAAAAACACGUUAUUCAUCGAGAUAUAAAACCAGAAAACUUGUUGAUAGAUUUGGAUGACGAGAUCAAGAUUGCAGAUUUUGGAUGGUCUGUGCAUACAAAUCAAAGACAUAAAACAAUUUGUGGUAUAUUGAAUUAUAUUCCACCUGAAUGGUUUAAGCUUUUGACUAGUACCGCACUGUUUGAAGAAGCUGGUCGUUAUGCAACAUAUGAACGAAUUGCCAAAGUAGAAUUUACACUUCCUG